GUCGACGAUAACACAGAACGCUCAACGAAGUCGUAAAGAAAUAUAUUCAUCAUAUCUCUGCUUUAACUCGUUGAUAUUACUAUUAACUAAAAUCUUUUCGCUCAUUAUGAAGUUCCUAAUAAUAUUUUUAAUCGCAUCAUCAGCGAUUGCAUAUACAACUGCAGAAGAUGAUCCAAUAUUGAAUCAUCGUUUCCGUCGUCAAGAUGAACCUCAAGGAUCAGUUGUCUUACGCGGUGAAAAACCAUUGAGCGGACCUGAUCAACGUGCUACGAUCAAUCUAGAGUUACAACGAAAAUUGAACGAGCAUACUAGCGUAUACGGAGGUGGUCAUUACAUGCAAGGAGAUCGAGUAAGGCCACACGCUGGAGUUGUUUAUGAACGCGAAUUUGGAAAUGGCUUUAUCAAUGGACGAGGGCAAGUUCAACCAGGAGCACGAGGACGAUUGGAACCUUCCUUUGGAAUAAAUGCUGGCUUCAGAUUUCGCCGCGAAGCUGAUCCACAGGGAUCAGUUGUCCUCCGAGGUGAAAAACCAUUGAGCGGACCUGAUCGACGUGCUACGAUCAAUCUAGAAUUACAGCGAAAACUGAACGACCACACUAGCGUAUACGGAGGUGGUCAUUACAUGCAAGGAGAUCGAGUAAGGCCACACGCUGGAGUUGUUUAUGAACGCGAAUUUGGAAAUGGCUUUAUCAAUGGACGAGGUCAAGUUCAACCAGGAGCACGAGGACGAUUGGAACCUUCCUUUGGAAUAAAUACUGGCUUCAGAUUUCGCCGCGAAGCUGAUCCACAGGGAUCAGUUGUCCUCCGAGGUGAAAAACCAUUGAGCGGACCUGAUCGACGUGCUACGAUCAAUCUAGAAUUACAGCGAAAACUGAACGACCACACUAGCGUAUACGGAGGUGGUCAUUACAUGCAAGGAGAUCGAGUAAGGCCACACGCUGGAGUUGUUUAUGAACGCGAAUUUGGAAAUGGCUUUAUCAAUGGACGAGGUCAAGUUCAACCAGGAGCACGAGGACGAUUGGAACCUUCCUUUGGAAUAAAUGGUGGCUUCAGAUUUCGCCGCGAAGCUGAUCCACAGGGAUCAGUUGUCCUCCGAGGUGAAAAACCAUUGAGCGGACCUGAUCAACGUGCUACGAUCAAUCUAGAAUUACAGCGAAAAUUGAACGAGCAUACUAGCGUAUACGGAGGUGGUCAUUACAUGCAAGGAGAUCGAGUAAGGCCACACGCUGGAGUUGUUUAUGAACGCGAAUUUGGAAAUGGCUUUAUCAAUGGACGAGGUCAAGUUCAACCAGGAGCACGAGGACGAUUGGAACCUUCCUUUGGAAUAAAUGGUGGCUUCAGAUUUCGCCGCGAAGCUGAUCCACAGGGAUCAGUUGUCCUCCGAGGUGAAAAACCAUUGAGCGGACCUGAUCGACGUGCUACGAUCAAUCUAGAAUUACAGCGAAAACUGAACGACCACACUAGCGUAUACGGAGGUGGUCAUUACAUGCAAGGAGAUCGAGUAAGGCCACACGCUGGAGUUGUUUAUGAACGCAAAUUUGGAAAUGGCUUUAUCAAUGGACGAGGUCAAGUUCAACCAGGAGCACGAGGACGAUUGGAACCUUCCUUUGGAAUAAAUACUGGCUUCAGAUUUCGCCGCGAAGCUGAUCCACAGGGAUCAGUUGUUCUCCGAGGUGAAAAACCAUUGAGCGGACCUGAUCGACGUCCUACUCUGAAUCUGGAAUACCAACAAAAACUAAACGAUCACACCAAUGUUUACGGAGGUGGUCAUUACACGCAAGGAGAUCGACUAAGGCCACACGCUGGAGUUGUUUAUGAACGCGAAUUUGGAAAUGGCUUUAUCAAUGGACGAGGUCAAGUUCAACCAGGUGGACGAGGACGAUUGGAACCUUCCUUUGGAAUAAAUGGUGGCUUCAGAUUCAAACGAGAUGCCGAAGAGGAAGGAAAAGAAAUAGAAGAAGAAGAAGAAGAAGAGGAAAUACAAGAGAUAGAAGAAUAAAUAAAAAAAAAAAAUAAAUAUAUAUAUAUAUAUAUAUAUAUGCAGACGUUUCUAUGUAUGCUCGUAUGAAUGGUUAUUUAUUAUGCAUUAUCUCAAAAAAAUGAAAGAUCCGUGUAAUUAAUUAUGUAAUCGAAAAUUAUGUUGAAUGUAUUAUCGUGUUAACGCUCGUAUCUUCUAUUUAAGUAACAAGUAUUUUAAUGUUAAUUUAUAUUUUUCUCAAAAUAAACUAUUUAUUAGACGAAA